AUGAUUGCUGAAUGUGCUGGUAUGCGCGAGCAUGGCGAGGCAGACGACGAAGCUAGCUCCUCCAGCGGCGAUUCCGAAGAUGGCAGUGAGAUAGUUUGCCAACAGAACGACAUAGAUAAGCAUGAAGUUGAGUACCACAUGUUCUAUGUCAAAGCCACAAUAGCACGGCUCAUCGACUUAUCGACCAAAAUUCGGCAAUCUGGCAACAAGUAUCGCUAUCACAAGGCUGAUGCAUCACUCAAAGAAGGGGACUUCAUUGAAUACGUACAAUCUUGGAAGAGCAGUAUACUUGGCAGUAGCUUGGAAAAAGCGACUGCUGCCGUGCCUUACCAGACAGGAGCAAUCGCCGACUUCCUUCACGAAAGUAGAUUGACGACAGUACAACGACGCUUGAUACGUGCAAACCUCCUUCGUCGGAAUAGAAUACAAUUUAUUCGGGAGUCUACCGAAGACCACGAGGCCACCAUUGAGGCAAGUAUUGCGGAAACGGCAAUGGAGUUUGAACCGCAGCCUACACAACUGGAGACCGUGGAUCGCGAGUUUGAGGCCGAGUCUCAGGCUUUACCCGACAACGACAUGCCCGUCCAAGCAAGUUCUAAGAUUGUCCCUUCGGCAUCGCAUACAGCCACGCACAUAGGUUCGCAAUUUGACCUAUCAAUCUUUCUCGAAGAGGAAACAUCGCCGUCUGUUGUGACCCGGGCCACUCGGAUAGGCGGUCGAGAUGACUUAGAGUACCCGAAAUGUCCCAAGCCAUCCACCGUCAGCAGUCUCCUGACUUGUCCUUACUGCGCCAAUGUACUGCCAGAGAAAUGCCUCAUGAGUCAGUCACUCUGGAGGCAUCCCCUAUUCCGGUCAUCGAGCCAAAACUCGGACAAUUCGACAGCCAACCGGAUCCGGACCGUCGGGCCUUGCAUGAGAUGCCGUAUUCAAAGGAUUCCAUGUACUGCGGAGGGCGUUUGUGAUCGGUGUGUCAAGGCCCAUCCGCAGAAACCUGAGAGCUCCUGCUUUAGGGACGACUUGAUCGUGAUCGCAAACAACUUGGCCCAUCUGCGCUUCAGUGGGCUAGACAGGAAUGAGGAGAUUGAGGUCAAGAAGUUUCUCAGAACCAUCCGACCUCAAUACUUAGAGGAAAUCUUCAAGGGAGCAGUAGUCUUUACCCCUGGACCGCCCUUUCAGCUUCCCACCACAUUGCGAAACUACCAAUGUCUAGACGACAUGUCUCGACAGAUUCAGUCAGGUUGUAUGUUUUCCAGAGAGCAUGGUGGUGUUCCCUCAUAUCAGGACCUCGUCAGAUGGACAGAGCAAAUGAUUCUGCCCGAGGACCGCGAUACCUUCGAAGGGAGCAUCGAAAACUUCAUCAAUAUGUACUCCUCGCCUAUGAGGUCGAGUUCAUACAUCAGACGGCCACAGGUCCACAGCAUGAAAUGCAUGUACAAGAUCUGUUGUCAAGACGACUUCAUUUUCAUUCGCGAAGAUACUGGAGCGGUGGAACGUCUUCCCUUGCCUGCCAAGGCAGAAUUGAGAGUCAUCGCCCGCAUGGCUCUCGAGGCAGCCGAGAGAGAUACCCUCAAUGCACUCGACAACCUCAAAGCCGCUGCGACUAGAGUUCCCGAACAAGAUUUGCCUGCUCUCUGGGCCACCUUGUGGCAGCUGAUGUUCAUCUACCGAGACCUCCUCAGGAACAGGGCACCGCGAGACAACGACGCGGGAGCUCUCCUCAACGCGGUGGCCAUCUUUUACGCAGCCCACUUCAGGACUUCAGCCUCACUUGGCAAGCUGUCUUUGGACAGCCUGCAACGUCAUUGGGGACCUGGCGAGACUCAGCAGGCGCAGCUGUCUGGUGCGUUUGACCAUGCUCUGAGUCUUCGCGAUACUCUCCGUAUUGACGAGAUCGACCAUCGCCUCAAGGCAUUGGUUGUUGAUCCCGAGAUGAAAGUGCUGGGACGACGUACGAAUAAGAAAACGAGCGGUGGCAAGUGA